CCUGGAUGGUACCCACCACCACUCUGACCCUGGAUGGUACCCACCACCACUCUGACCCUGGAUGGUACCCACUACUGCGGUAAUGAACAUAGUGAACCCAGCCCGGGUAUGGUUGAACUCGGGGGGUCGUGGCCCUCGCCACAAAGUCCCAUGAUGUAGAGCGCUGCCUGCCAGGGCUGAUCAGCCACUUUCUGAGAGGAAAGAUACAAAGAGGAAAGUGAGAAGAAGAGGCGGACAAUAAGGGCCAUGGGUGGAGGGCUUAAAAAGGAUAGACGCACGCAGACAGCCAACUACCCUGGACAGAGACAGCAACCAACAGUUGCGGUGCAUUUAGGAGGACUGUGCUAUCCCAGGCUUCUCCUUGAUGCUGUACACUUUAGCAGGAGGGGGUACACUCUGUGGGGUGGCCGCCCUCGUGCUCCUCAUCGUCUCCACGGCGACCGACUUCUGGAUGCAGUACCGCUACUCGGGAGCGUCGGCCAAUCAGGGCCUCUGGAGGUUUUGCAUCAAUCACAAGUGCCACGCCCACACCAUCACUGUGGCCUUCUGGGAUGCGACAAGGGCCUUCAUGCUGCUGUCUGUGCUGAGCUGCUUUGCUGGCGUAUUGCUGGGCCUGAGUGCCUUCGGCAACGGCACCAAGAGCAGGAGGGUCCGGACUGGGGGCUUCGCUCUGCUCCUGUCAGGUUUCCUAGCUCUGUUAGCUCUGGCCAUCUACACUGGCGUGACGGUCAACUUCUUUGGCAAGCGCUUCCUUGAUUGGCGCUUCUCCUGGUCCUACAUCGUAGCUUGGGUGGCCAUCAUCUUAUCUUUCGCUGCUGGUGGGUUCCAACUCUGUGCCUAUCAGAAGAACAUUGCCGAACUGCCUCCUACCAAUGUUCAAGAAAGCUAAAUGGAAGUAAUCUUUUACCUGCACACUAAAGAAACAGCUACCAACCACUCGUCUUUACUAUUGUCACAGAUAGCAAUGUGACAGCAGCUAUGGAAACAACAUGGAAAAAUCUGCUCAACAGAAUAAAUAGGACUAUUUGACUCCA